AUGGGAUCCCAAAUAUCUGUCGUCACGUCGACCGAUGCGACGGCCGUCGCGAGUGCGAUCUUCAAUGGCGCCGGCGUUUCAGUCACCGACGCGACAUUCGAGAAGUCAUACUGGGAAGAAAAUGGACUUGGCGGGAAUCUAGGCAGUGCCGGCAUAUUUACCUCUGGUCCUUUUGGUAUCGGAUCAGGCGGUAUCUUGACGACUGGUUACUCACGGGACGCAGAUGACAGCAGCUAUGGCCAGAACGUUGACACGCAGAUUGACGGCUCAGAUUAUUGCGGGCCUGAUACGACAAACGCAGCUGUCUUGUCCGUUGAGCUGGUCGUGGAGCCAGAGUAUAACGGAUUAUCUAUUGAGUUCAUUCUUGCGACGGAGGAAGACUUUGUUAAUCCAGAUCCAGUCGGUAUCUACUUAGACGGCGUUCAGUACGCCGUCGAUACGUCAGGCAACCGAAUUACUGCAAAGUCCGAAUACUUGGCUUCUCCUAUUGGCAUUACUGAACCUAGUAACCCUUCUCGAAGCACACAAUACGAAAGAUCUUCACCUCCGCUGAUCAUGGGUCUACCUGCAGCCCCUGGUGCACAUACAAUGAUCUUUGCAAUUUGCGAUGCGAACAACGGACUCUUUGAUUCAGGUCUGAUGGUGAAAGCCGGCGGAUGUGUUGAUUGCGAAGCGGACAUCAAGAUCAACUAUGCGACUACUACAACAACUGUUGGCCCGACGCCCUUCGUGCGCACCAUCCAGGCUUCUGGAACCGUGUCUGGUACUGUUGUAUAUGGCGUACCCGAAGACGCGACGACUACUACUGAGGACGUAGCGACUUCAACCGAAGUUACAGCCACUACUACAGAGGCAAUUACUUCGAGUGAAGAUAGUAGUACCGCUGCAACUACUCAGAGCACGGAGGUAUUAUCCACCACUGAGCUGUCAUCUACUACCAAUGCGGAUACUACAUCGACACACACAUCAGAGUCUCUGUCUUGGAGCGAAAGCUCAACGCAGAUUCUUGCUACCACUACUAGCGAAGAGUCUGCGUCAGCGACCGGAACAACGACAACUAUCGACCCGUCUACCACCAUGAUGUCAACUCAAGGUGGAUUUACUACGAUUCGAAGAGGAUGCCGGCCGUGA